AUGGAAGAAGUGACCAGGCCAGUCUCUGGGGCAGAGCUGGAGGACAGCGUCCCCCACGCCCCCACCAUGGAGGACCAACAUCCUGAGCAAGAGGAUCCAGAGGUUGAGGUGGAAACGCUUCCCAGGGGAGCUGAGAUGGCCGUGGGCCCCCGACCCUGUGGUUCAGCGAAGGAGCCGGGAGCUGACACAGAGCAGACGAAGACAAGCAUCAAAGACAGAAUCCAGGCGCUCCGCCUGCGCCAGACCUUGGAGCUCCUGGAUGAGAUGCAGGAAGAGAAGGACUUCUCCAUUCAGAGGACAAGAGAGGAGCUGAGCGCCUGCCGCCAGCGGAUGAGCCUGCUCAGCAAACAGCAGAAGAACAUGGCAGCCCAGACCGCCCUGGAGAGGGAGAACAACAACAUGGCAGCUGUGGGCCGUCUCCAGGCUGCAUCCAGGCGCCUGCACACAGAGCUGGAGAACGAAGAAGCCCUGCAGUCGAGGGUCACAGCCACAUUGAAGGAGAACCAGAACGCCAUGUGGCACAUUGAGCUCAAGAAGGGGCAGUUUGAGGAUGCCCGGAAGUGCGUCCAGGAGGAGGCGGAGGCCAAAGGGAGGCGUCUACAGGCACACACAGCCCAGCAGCUCCACAAGGAGAAGGAGGCCUUGGGGAAGGCAGAGAGAAACAGGCUGCUGCGGACCCGGAAGUCCAUGCACCUGCAGCGGGAGCUGGGGCUCAAGCACCAGAAGCUGCUGGAAGACGCCCAGAGGAACCACAAGGUGGCAGUGAAGUUCCUGAAGGCCUCCUUGGGCCGGAUACGAGAGCAAGAGCAGAAGGAGGAAACUGAGUCCCGAGAGCACAUGAAGCGGCGCAUGGAUGCCGUGCUGGCCCUGAAGAAUAACAUCACUGCUAACCGGGAAACGCUGCGGAAGUUUCAGGCCUGGGGCCAGGCCAGGGCUGAGCUGGCGGAGCAGAAGGCCCAGGCAGAGAAGGAGCUGAUCCUAGCACAGGGCGGAGAUGCCUUCAGGCACCUCAUCCACCAGCACCGGCUCCAGGAGCUGGAGGCUCAGAAGCGGACCUUCGAGGAAGAGCAGAAGCUGCGGAGACUGGAGAUAGUCAGCAAGAUUUUGAAAGAGGAAGCGAAAGAAGAAAACAGGAAAAAGAAACAACACCGGCCUGCCAAAACCACAGAAUGCAGGACUCUGCGAGAUAAGACCUGGAACUACAUCUCCGACAUCUGCGAGGGCAGGGUAGAGCCCGUGACCUCCCAUUACCCAGAUGAGGAUGAGCCCCCCAAGCACUUGUGGCUCUCGAAAACCCUCUCCACCGAGUGUUUGCAGGUGGACCUUGAAGCCCUCAACAUUCAGGAGGAGGUCCUGGCUGAGCCAGAGAUCCCUGGGCUCUGGAGCGAGGACUAUAAGCCGUACCAGGUGCCCAAGGAGGAGGUGGACCAGAAGCCCGUGGGUGGGACCAAGAUGGACCGGGACAUCCUGGCCCGCACCAUGGAGCAGCUGCGCAGCGGGAUCAUCCACAAGCAGGUAGUGUCCGGCCGGGAGUUCAAGGGCCGGCCCUUCAACAGCAAGCCUGAGGUCAUCCACUUCAAGGACUUCGAUGUUGGCAAAGUGUACAAGAAGAAGAUCACUUUGAUAAACGCCACCUACACCAUCAACUACUGCAAGCUGGUGGGUGUGGAGGAGACCCUGCGGGACUUCAUCUACAUCGACUUUGACCCCCCCGGCCCCAUGUCUGCCGGGAUGUCCUGCGAGGUCCUGGUCACCUUCAAGCCCAUGAUCAAUAAAGAUCUGGAAGGAAAUGUCUCCUUUUUGGCUCAGACAGGCAGUUUUUCUAUUCCACUGAAAUGUUCAACAAAGAAAUGUUCCCUGUCUCUCGACAGAGAGCUCAUCGACUUUGGCAGCUACACUGUGGGGGAGACCACAACCCAGACCAUCACGCUGACCAACACCGGGGGCCUGGGCACCAAGUUCAAGUUCCUCGUGGCAUCUGAGAACUAUGGCACAGAGGACUAUGAGGCCAUCCUGAAAAUGAGCAGCCUCUUCACCUUCGAGGACAAAAGCAUCUACGAGAAGAUCGUCACCAGUUUCUCUGAGACACCCUUUGAGGGCUUUGAGUCCGUGGCAGACCUCUCGAGCCGGUGGGACCCGGAGAAGCAAGAUGAAGCUGAGGUGACUCCUGUGGCCAAUGGUGCUGGUCCGAAUGAGGAGCAGAUGGAGAUCACACUGGGGGAGUUGACUGAGGGGGAAAUCGGCCCAUUCAGCUCCAUCAGAGUGCCCAUCAUCUUCGCCCCAGCCAUCCCGGGAGAGGUGGAGGCCAGGUUCAAGGUCGCAUUUAAGAACCCACAGUCACCCACGUUGUAUUUCAGAGCUGUUGGCCUGGCAGUGGACGUGCCAGUCUGGCUGCCCAGGCCCAGUGUGGACCUGAAGAUCUGCAUGUUCGACCGGCUGUACCAGGACUCCAUCCUCGUCCACACGCGUUCAAAAGCAGCCCUGCGCCUGAAGUUUGAAGUUUGCAAGGAGCUAAGAGGCCACAUGGAGCUCCUGCCUGAGACGGGCUACAUUCAGGCCAUGUCAACCUACUCCGUGCAGCUCAAAUUCUUGCCUCGACUCUCCCUUCCAGAAGAUGCAGGGAAGUAUUUUGACAAGGACAGCCGAGUUCUGGAGGCUCCAAUGACGAUCCGGGUGGCCGACCAGAUAAAACCUGUGGAGUUCACCGUCCAAGCCGUCGUCACCACGUCGGACCUGGAACUCAACCCCUCGGAGGUGGACUUUGGCUACUGCACCGUCUAUGAGGCCAUCAGGACGGAAAUCAACCUCAGCAACCACUCACUGCUGCCCCAGAUGUUCGGCUUCGUCGGCCUCCCCAAGUUUGUGGAUAUCCAGCCCAACGAUGGGUUUGGGACAAUCAUGCCACUGGAGACUUUGCAAUUUGAUGUGAUCUUCCAGCCUGCCAAGGCCAGAGAGUACAACUUCGAGCUGGUCUGCAAAUCUGAGAUAAAUAGGUGCUUCAAGGUCUCCUGCCGGGCCGUGGGGGUCCUCCCACCCCUGGAGCUGUCCCACUACCAAAUCAAGUUCCCAGCCACCCCACUGUAUGACACUUCUGUGGCCACGCUAUACGUCAUCAACUCUCACCUGAGCAUGAACAAGCUGACACACUCCCUGCCCCGCAUCGGCUCGGAGGAAGCCACCCCUGUGGGCCCGACGUCGUUUGAGUUCCUCCCGCCCCCCAACUCACCCAUCACCAUCUCACCUUUAGUGGGGACUGUAUUGCCAGGAAAGCGAUGCCUGGUCCAGGUAUCCUUCAGGCCUGUGCUGUCCCACGAGGUGAUCGUGGAAGAAACCAUGCAGAUCAUGACCAAGGAGAUGGAAAGCAAGGUGUUCCGGAAGGACACGUUUGCCCUGAAGAAGGACCUGUGGAAGCAGACAAUGUCCGCAGUUCGGAUACACACGAAGGACCGGCCGACCCGCAUGUCCAUUUCCCAUGUGGCAGCAUUACAAAAGCAGGGGCCUGUGAAUAGUUCCAUCCAGUAUGAAGUUGCCAAGGCCAACCUGACCAGAAAUUUCCAGGGGAAGUUCGACAAGUUUGUGGUCCCCUGCGUCGUUGCCAGUGGUGACAUCAAAGACUGGAAGGCAUCAGAACCUUUGAACUUCAGCCCCCACAACACUCUGUACCUGGAGCUCUGGUGUCCCACAGUGGCACCACCAAUCAUCGUGACUUCUAGCCGAGGCCAGACUGUCUUUGACUUUGGAGACAUUGCUGUGGGACACCGGGGCAUCAUGAAAGUCUCUCUGCAGAACAUCUACCCCGAGGACCUCUAUGUGGAGUACUCGGUACUGAACCCCAGUGGCCCCUUUGUGCUCCUGAACCCCUCCAGCAAGCUGCGCUCGGGAGAGACGCAAGUCCUGGAGCUGUCCUUCUCGCCCCACGAGAGCAUCAUGGCUCAAGAGACGCUGAACAUCAUCACCAAGAGAGGCACCCUCACGCUCACCAUCAUGGGCACUGGCGUGGCGUCCAUGAUCACCUGCUCCAUCGAAGACAACGUCCUCAACAUGGGCUACGUCAUCGCCAGAGAGUCUGUCUCCUCCAGCUUCAAGCUGCAGAACGACUCCUCCCUCCCCAUCAAGUUCUGGGUCCAGCUGGAGAGCCUGUCCAGCACCAGGGCGGAGGCCCGGCAGAAGCUGCCUCAGUUUCUGACCUCAGUGGCUCAGCGGACAGAAAUAGUUGGCACGCAGAACCACAAUGGCCAGAGUGUGUUCAGCGUGACACCGGUUGAGGGCCUCAUGCUGCCAGGGAAGGCGCAGGACUUCACCGUGACCUUCAGCCCCGACCAUGAGAGCCUGUACUAUUCUGACCGGCUGCAGGUGGUCCUCUUCGAGAAGAGGGUCUCCCACAGGAUCCUCCUGCAGGGCGCAGCUCGGGAGCACAUGAUGUUCGUGGAGGGCGGGGAUGCGCUGGACGUGCCGGUAGAGUCCCUUACAGUGAUGGCUACCUCAGAUCCAGACCACAGGGAAGAGUCUGAUGAGCUGAAGCCCAUCUUGGUGACCCUAGACUAUGUCCAGUUGGACAUGGACACACCAGCCCCACCAGCCACCCGGGAACUGCACGUGGGCUGUAUCCGCACCACACAGCCAUCUGCAAAGAAGACAGGAGAAUUCAGCCUGGACAGCCUCACUUGGCUGCAGCACAAGGGUUUCACCAUAGAACCUUCCAGGGGCUCUGUGGAGCGAGGCCAGACCAAGACCAUCAGCAUCUCCUGGGUGCCACCUGCUGACUUUGAUCCCGACCACCCUCUCCUGGCAUGGGCCCUCCUGCAGCUCAGAGGGGACGUGAAGGAGACCUACAAGGUCAUCUUUGUAGCCAGCGUUGUGACGGGGCCCUAGGACACGAGGUGCUCACUCUCAAGAGACCCCGUCCCAAACCUGCAGCCCCCCCAAACCCCCCUCCCGCACCCCAGACUGUGGGCCAGACCCAAACACACCCCUCCCAGAGGCCUGCGCCCCAGAGCCCUCCAAGUCCCAAGCCCACAAGGCCCUUACGGAGCCUUAUAUGAGACCUCUUCAGCCCUAGCCAGCUCCCAGCUGGGCC